AUGGUCCAUCAAGCGAUUCACACUAUUGAAUAUGUGCUUGGAUGUGUUUCGCACACCGCUUCAUACCUUCGACUUUGGGCUCUGUCGCUCGCCCACGCACAGCUGUCUGAAGUGCUUUGGCACAUGGUGCUCGCGAAUGCCUUUGCCCUGGAUGGAAUAGCUGGUUACAUAGCAGUCUACGUAAUUUUCUUCUUCUUCGGAGUGCUCACCUUCUCAAUUCUGGUACUGAUGGAAGGCCUUUCCGCAUUCCUUCAUGCACUUCGUCUUCAUUGGGUGGAGUUCCAGUCGAAGUUCUACCAAGGCCUUGGCUACGCUUUCGUACCGUACUCAUUCAAGACGGCUCUACUAGCGGCUGAAGCCGGCAAUUGA